CAGGUUUUGACAACUCAGCAUAGUAACUUAUAAUUAUAAAUGUGCUAUACACUGUUAUAGCAUCCACUUUACUAUUAUGUAGUCAAAGUAAUUAUAUUGAUUGUUUAGUCCUAAUUAUUUUACUUCCCCAGUGUUUUAUGCGUUUACUUGAUCACCUCGAUCUAUUAUGGUAGCUCUCUAUUGCUUCUCUUUGUGCAGGUGGUGCCCGCUCCAUUGAAGUGUUCGACAACGACAUCGGAAGUGGUUCUGUUUCUCCCCUAAUAGUAACUGGUGGUAAAAAAAUGGUUAUGUUGGAGUUUGGACUUCGUGACUUCCGAUACAUAGCUACCGGAAAAACUAAAAAGCACAGGCACCAUGAUGAUGCUGAAAGAAGCAUCAACUCAUCUUCUAAUGUUGAUACGAAGACAGGAAACAGUAAACAACAGCGAGACCAGAAUCAUGGUGGGAUGCUUUGGUACAUACCAAAGGCUCACUUAGGUAGUAUCACCAAAAUAUCUACCAUCCCAAAUACCAGUUUGUUCUUAACAGGAAGCAAAGAUGGAGAUGUUAAACUUUGGGAUGCCAAAGAACCCAAACUGGCUCAUCAUCGGUCAAAAUUGCAUGAAAGGUACACCUUUUUGCAACCAAAUUCUCUUGGUUUUGGUGGUGUAGUACGGGUAAUUAUUUGUGAUUAUAGCCAUGUUUGAACCUUCAUAUCCAAAUUCCUCAUG